UUGGCGCCUAGGAGAGAAGUAGCGAGGAGAAGGCAGAAACCCGUGACAGCGUGGCUCACGUUUACAUGCCAGCGCCUCCACCGAGGGCACCUCCCGCAUUGCCUCCUGGCCGUCCGAGUGCAGGGGUGGGAGGAAGAGCUUGGCCUUGCUAAGAACUUUGUCCCAGGAGUUGCGGUGGGGGCCAGCGCGUGUAAAUCCACUCAGAAAAUAGAACUUGAUGAUGCUGUUGCUUAUCGCUGUUUCACAGAGAUGCCUCGGCAGUGGCGUCCAGUUUCUGUCCAGCCACAAUCUAGUGCCACUACCCCGUGGUACCUAUCAGAUACGCAGGCCAAAUGGAGAGCUGCCCCUGUUCAAAUCCUAUUCUUCUGGAAACCGAAAAGGCUUUCUCUCCGGCUUGCUAGAUAAUAUCAAACAAGAGUUAGCCAAAAACAAAGAAAUGAAAGAAAGUAUAAAAAAAUUCCGAGAUGAGGCCCGGAAGUUGGAAGAGUCAGAUGCGCUCCAGGAAGCCAGAAGGAAAUAUAAAACCAUUGAAUCCGAAACCGUGCGGACAAGUGAGGUGAUCAAGAAGAAGUUGGGGGCUAUCACCGGCACUGUGAAGGAGAGUCUUGACGAAGUCAGUAAAAGUGACCUUGGCCGGAAAAUCAAGGAGGGUGUGGAGGAAGCAGCCAAGACUGCCAAGCAGUCUGCUGAGUCGGUGUCCAAGGGUGGGGCCUUCAAAGCCUUCUCCCAGGGGGUGGAGUCAGUGAAAAAGGAGAUCGAUGAAAGUGUCCUGGGCCAGACCGGGCCCUACCGCAGGCCCGAACGGCUCAGGAAAAGGAAGGAGUUUGCUGGAGAGAAGUUCAAGGAAGAGAAAGUGUUUGAGCCCAAUGAGGAUGCCCUGGGAGUCGUGCUGCACAAGGACUCCAAGUGGUAUCAGCAGUGGAAGGACUUCAGGGACAACAAUGUGGUGUUCAACCGGUUCUUCGAGAUGAAGAUGAGGUAUGACGAGAGUGACAACACACUCAUCCGGGCCUCCCGUGCACUGACAGAUAAGGUCACAGACUUGCUGGGGGGUCUGUUUUCGAAGACAGAGAUGUCCGAGGUGCUCACGGAGAUCCUACGUGUGGAUCCGGCCUUUGACAAGGAGCGGUUCCUGCAGCAGUGUGAGAAUGACAUCAUCCCCAACGUCCUGGAGGCCAUGAUUUCUGGAGAGCUUGACAUUCUCAAAGACUGGUGCUAUGAAGCUACCUACAGCCAGCUGGCCCACCCAAUCCAGCAGGCCAAGGCGCUGGGCCUCCAGUUCCACUCCCGUAUCUUGGACAUUGACAAUGUCGACCUGGCCAUGGGCAAGAUGAUGGAGCAGGGCCCCGUGCUGAUUGUCACCUUCCACGCCCAGCUGGUGAUGGUGAUCAAGAACGCCAAAGGCGAGGUGGUCGAGGGCAACCCGGACAAGGUGUUACGCAUGCUGUACGUGUGGGCACUGUGCCGGGACCAGGAUGAGCUCAACCCUUAUGCGGCCUGGCGGCUCCUGGACAUCUCCGCUUCCAGUACAGAGCAGGUCCUCUGAGCUUGGCAGCCACAACCGGAGGUUCCAGGCUGUACAUCGCAGGGCAGCUGCACAGGGUGGGAAUGUCCAGCUGUGGCAAUAGACCUCUGGGGACGACUGUCAGCUCUGGACUGCUCUCUGCUAGGGUGGUUGUAGAACCAGCUGGACCGGGAAUGGCCAGCAACUGUAGAGGGCUGCUCCCCACAGUGCCAGCCCCUGAACCCCCCUCUGCUGCUCAGGGGUUGCUGGCAGGGAAAGUCAACAAGGCACACUGGCCAGACAAUGCCAAGAGGAAGAGGCUCUGGCCCAGGGACUCCUCUGGGGACAGGUGGUGGGGCCCACUGGCCAUAUCAUCGAGGCCGUUUUAGCUUCAUUUAAAAAAAAAUUUAACAGUGCCCUUAUUAACCUGUAUGACUGAGAUUUGGAAGUGAUAAUAAAACACCAAAGUGCAGGAGAGCAA